CUGGAGGCCUACACGCCGCCGAUUGUGCCGCCGCCAUGUCUCUCGUGAUCCCUGAGAAGUUCCAGCACAUCCUGCGAGUACUCAACACCAACAUCGAUGGGCGGCGCAAAAUAGCCUUUGCCAUCACUGCCAUUAAGGGUGUAGGGCGGAGAUACGCUCAUGUGGUGUUGAGGAAAGCGGACAUUGACCUCACCAAGAGGGCUGGAGAGCUCACGGAAGACGAGGUGGAGCGUGUGAUCACCAUUAUGCAGAAUCCCCGGCAGUACAAGAUCCCAGACUGGUUCUUGAACAGACAGAAGGAUGUGAAGGACGGGAAGUUCAGCCAGGUUCUGGCCAAUGGCCUGGACAACAAGCUGCGCGAGGAUCUGGAGCGACUGAAGAAGAUUCGAGCCCAGCCGGGCGAUGGCCAGCACACCAAGACCACUGGCCGCCGGGGCCGCACUGUGGGUGUAUCCAAGAAGACAUGA